ACGCCAUAUUAUUUUCAGCUAGAAGCCUAAAAAAGAGAGAAGCAAUACGAAAAUCGGUGAGAGAAAAUUGAGAGAGAGAGAGAGAGAGAUGGCAUCCUUCGACGACGCGGCAGCUCCUCCAUUUGACUACGAAGGACACACCAGCUACACCGAUUCCUAUUCUGCCUUCUCCUCCGCCGACGCACCGCCCUACUCAGGCUCCGCCUUCUCGCCUGAAUACUCGGAAUCCGACCAAGUUCCAGUAGACCUGCCAAACUCCUCCGAUCCAUUCGGAUUCGACUCCAAUGCUGAGCCUUUCGACCACGACGCUUCGGUUCCGAUCUCGAACGGCAACGGCAGCUCGCCGUACGAUCUUGGCCAGGACUCCGAGGGCUUAUUCACCUCGGACGGACCGAUCCUGCCGCCUCCUAAUGAGAUGCAGGAAGAAGGAUUCGCCCUUCGCGAAUGGCGGAGGCUAAACACCAUUCGUCUGGAAGAGAAGGAAAAGAAGGAAAAGGAGAUGCGGAUCCAAAUUAUUAUAGAAGGUGAAGAGUUUAUAAAAGCUUUCUAUGAGAAGACAAAGCUUAAUGUGGAGACUAACAAGAACACUAACAGAGAAAAAGAGAAGUUAUCCCUAGCCAGUCAAGAAAAAUUCCACAAAGAGGCUGAUAAACACUACUGGAAAUCCAUAGCAGAGCUCGUCCCUAACGAAGUGGCCCACAUCGAGAAGAGAGGAAAGAAGAAGGACCAAGAUAAGAAGCCGUCCAUCACAGUCGUCCAAGGCCCCAAGCCCGGCAAACCAACUGACCUUUCAAGGAUGCGCGGGAUAUUGAUCAAGCUGAAACACAAUCCCCCACCACACAUGCUUCCACCCCCACCUGCUCCAGCUAAGGAUGCGAAAGAUAGCAAGGAUGGGAAAGGCAAGAAAGAUGUAAAGGAAACGAGCGAUAAACCAACUUCAGCUAAAGAAGCCGCGGAAGAGUCUGCGCCUAAUGGUGCUGCUGGUGCUCAGGCAUCGGAAGAACCUGCUGCUGCUCCAACCGAAGACCAGCCAAGUAGCUGAUUCUGCUGAGUAUUUGAGAGGAUGCUCUUUGGCACCGUGAAUCCAGAAAUUUGUAUUUUAUAUUAAAUUUGCAAUUUACUAAUCCUUAUGUUUCCCUUUCUUGAAAUUGACGAACCAAGAAAAUAUGACUGAACCACGCAGUACUGUGUUUUGAGCUUAUUACCAUAGAACAUUCUUGUUUUUGUAGUAUAAUUGUAUGAACAUAUUUUGUUGUUGUAAUCUUUGCUUAA